AUGGCGUCCCGCCCAGUAGUGCCGCAUCCACCAGCUCAUCCCCCGCCUCCCCCUGGGGAUGCGGCAGGACGAGGACGAGCGAGCGUCACAGCGACAGGGUAUGCAGCACAGAGCGUUCGGUCGCAGGAAGAAGACAACAAGCUUCUUGCGCAGCUGCGGCAAGAGCAGCUCCCUCCAGGAUGGAAGGUGUACAUAUCGCGAUCGACCGGGAAACCAUACUGGCACAACAAGGCCACCAAUGAGACGAGGUGGUCGAAGCCCGAGCGAGGUCACAAGAUCCCUCAUAGCAGGGCAAGUGAAGACCGCGGGGUUCACGAGCAAGCAGCAGCGAAGGUUUCAACUUCCUCUGCCCCGAAGGAGUACGUGCGAACGAGAGAGGAAGCAGAGGAGGCAGAGAAACAGCUCUUGGCCGAGCCAGAUUCCAGCCAAAGGCGAAGGCUAGCUUUUCAGAAGCAGGAAGACAAGCAUGAGUCCGUUCAGCAGGAGAUAGCAGGAAGUGAGGUCAUGGCUGGGCAGAAGGAGGAAGAGGUGCAGAAAGUUUCAAAGGAACGACGUUCCCAUCAGUCAGGCAGUCCAACGGCUCAUGAAGAUACUUCGGAAUCAGCUCAGUCGGUGAGGAACGACGAUGGGGGCACAAGCAAUCGACAUGAGUCGGCACAAGUCGUCAGUCGACAUUCCAAGACUUCAAGUAAGCAAGAAGCAGCAGCCCUAGGGGAGACGCUGGACUUGGCUCUCAAUGCAGAGAAGGCGAAGGAGUUUGAGAAGGCAGAGAGACUGUACCUCUCGGUCGAUGACGGAUGGUUGAGGGCAAGGGAUAUGUGGAUCAAGCAAGGGAACCUGCACGAGGCUAUCCGGCUGAUGCAACAACACUUGCAAGAUAAGCAGGAGAGGGAGGAGAUGGUGAAGCAGUUUGUUCUCAAGGUUGCCAGCAACGAGAUGGACGCAGACAAGGCCGUGAGGAUGGUUGAAACUUUCGUCGGGCCGGAAGAUGCCGUUCUCUUUGCUAUCUCGAGGAAAUCCUGGGCUGUGGGUAUCGAAAUCUCCAUGAGAUCCGUUCCAAAGAUGCUCCUCAAAGUUUUUGUGAUGCAGUCAAGUACCUUCGUUGAGUCAGGAAACUAUCAGAAAGCUGUCAACACGUUCACCCGUGGGAAUUUUCAUCUCGCUGCCUGUCAAAUCCUGGGGGUCCUUGGUCAGUGGGAGGAGGCUUCAAAGUUGGCAGGCAAGGAGACGAAGCGACUGGGGAAAGUCAGUGCGAAAGAAUGGGUGGCAAAGCACAGGAGCGAGAACGAGCGGCUGAGGAGCGUGAAUGAGGAGAUUUUGAGUUUGGAGUCGAACGAGAACUCAGCGUUGUUGGUAGAGAUGCUGAGAGGCCUCAUGGUGAAGAGAGAGGAAGAAGAGACUGAUCCCGAUGUUCCUGUUUCUCCUCACUUGAAGGCCGAGCAAGCCAGCAACGACGGGGUUGAUGUAUAUACAGAAGUCGCAUCUGAACCUGCUCAUACCUCACCUGUGACUGAGCAAACGUCAUCGUCAUACUUGUCAAGAGCGGCGAGCAACGGGCAGGAGAGCAGAGUGUCAGUCCGCCCGUCGACAGCUAGGAGGCAGCUGGAGGAGUCGCUCCGGGACGAAGUGAAAGCGCAGCAGAUGAUGGUGUCGGAGCCCGUGUUCCGCCAGGAGACCUUGCCGGUCCUUGGGUUCGAUCCCGCGCUGAAGAGAUCGAACAGGGUGAGGAAGAGGACGAGGAGAGGAGAGGUGGAUUUCAAGAGCAAGCUACAAGAUCUUCUGACGAAGGAGGAGGAGGGGGAUGGAGCGGAGGCGGGGAGAGCUGUGACGGAGGAAGGUCGAGAGCGAGGAGAGGUAGAGGAGAGGAGGGAGGAGAUGCAGGCUGAGGAGCCGAGCAUUGCCCUCGAGGAAUGCGAAAUCAUUGAAGUCAAGGGGGAAUCUAAUGCUAAGAAGGAAUUGAAUGAGCUUGAAGAGCACAUGAGGACCAUCGACGUCUGUCUCUCGACUUACUCUACCCCUGAUAGGGACGCGGAGUAUCUGGAGAGACUUUGGGAAGGCGGCGCCAUGAUCGCUGUGAAGUUUGUGCCUGAGAGGAGGGAGGAGGUAGUCAGGGAGCUGUGCGGACGACUUGUGGAGCUGGGGAGGGUGAGGAAGGCGAUCGGCGUUCUGCUUGCAGCGGAGCAGCACGAGGAGGCGAUGAGGCUCAUUGUGAGGCAUGGCGUGUGGGAUGCGGAGGAUGAGUUCUGUGCUCGGGUGCAUGACGAGAAAGCGAGGAAGGAGCUCAGAGCGGCAAGGGAGAAGUAUGAGGAGGAGAGGAGAAAGGCAGCAGAGCAGGGCCACGUCACCAACUCGCUCGAUGCAUCCUCGUCUACAGCAGCAGCAGCUCUCAAACCUCCUCCGCUCGCCUCCUCUCGCCGUCAGACCGCCCGUGCAUGGCUGGAGGGCCUUGGAAGGUGGAGGACGGCCAUGAGAAAGGAGGUCAUGAUCAUGUUCUUCAUGUGUGUGGGGGACCUGGCAACUGCCACGUUCGGAUCAAGAUCCAGCACUUCUAUCGACCCCACAGGGCGAGUUGCUCGCAUCCUUGAGCCCGAGCACAACUGGACUGUUCCUCUCCUGCUCGUCGACCUCCUCGUUGCCAUCCUCGCCGUCCUCACAAUCUGGAUCUGCCGUGAGAGGGAAGGAAGCUACAAGCAACUCAUGUUCUCCCCGAAGCUCUUCCAGCUCUCCCUCUUGUGCCUCUCCCUCUCCUCCUUCUUCGAGAUGCUCUUCCUCAAGUUUGUCCUGCGCUGGCAGUUUGUCCUCGCCAACCAUCCCCUCAACGGGCUCUACUACUCCCUCCGCGCUCUCUCCCUCUUCCUGAUGGCGAUCGGCCUGAAGGUCUACUUGACGGACUUCUUCCUCUUCCUCCUCGUCCUCUCAGUCCCGAUCUUCUAUGCCAACGGGGAGAGCUUUCGUCUUGCUGUUUAUCUCCCUCAGCUGCCGUUCUCGGCUAUUCUUUCCGUCAGGUUCUACAAAACUUUUCAGGACGUUCGUCUCGUCCUCCUCCCUCUCUUCCUCUCCUUCCUCCACGUUGCUCUCUCUUGCAUCCUCUUCUACACGAACUCCGUCGUCCUCCACAUCCUCCGCGACCUGCUCUCCGACGUCGUCAGCUUCCUCCUCCUCUCCGCUAUCUUCUGGUUCAUCCCUGCCAGCAUGGACUGGGUGCAAGACGACGAGCUGCUCAACCUGCAGGCCGUUGGAGAUGCUCAGACAGCCAAGGAGGAAUGGGACGGAGCUCGUGCCAAGUUUUCCAUCCCCAAGGGCUUCCGCUCCCUCUACGAGGUCAACAGGAUGCAGCAGGACUCUCUCCGACUCCAGCAGCUGGUCAGGGGUGACGAUCCUCAGCUCUUCUCCCAGCUGAGGGGAAGGUACGGCUACUCCCCCGUCCAUGCCGAACAGCUGCCAGCCCGCCGGCGAGAGCUGAGCAGGAUGAAGAGCUCGUUAGCAGCUGGGGGAUACAACUAUGAAAGUUUCGGGGCAGCAGCUGUGCCAGAGCAGAAGGUCCCUCGUCCUGGCCUGAUGACAGACAGCGUUCAGCUGCAGCUCGAGCAGCAGUCUCCUGUGCCCGCGCCCUCGUCAGUGCCCGACGGCAUGACGAUCAGGCUGGACUCACUUCCAGACCUAGCAGCGAGAGACAAGAAGGACGAGGAAUUCAGCCUGCCACUCCUCGCUUCUCCUCCUCUCGUCCUGCCGCCGCCACCAAGAGCUACGAAGGACUGGGAGUUCUUCCUCUCUACUUCGGAGAAGAGACUUCUCCUUCUCACAGGGUGA